UAAGCCUAAAGCCCUUUCUUUUAAACCCCAAACUCGCUUCUGGCAUUUCUUCUCCUUCCGCUCGCCCAUAAGUACUCUGUGCUUUCGUCUCCGAAGCUCUCUGGUUCAUCGUCAUUCCGCGGUCGACACUCGUUUCUCAGUUGUCGAUCGGAGAUGAAGGCGGCGUCCCAUGUAUUCACCAAGGAGCCUUACGUAGAGGAUGUCGGCCCUCGGAGAAUCAAAAGCAUUCGCUUUUCAACGUUCUCCGCCUCGGAGGUCGGGAAAAUUGCUGAAGUUCAGGUGUAUAGAGGCGUCUACUACGAUCAGAAGCGGAUGCCACUGGAGGGCGGCUUGUUGGAUCCACGCAUGGGUCCUGCAAACAAGAGUUUCAGGUGCAACACAUGCUAUGGAGAUUUCAAGGAUUGUCCUGGGCAUUUUGGGUACUUGACUCUUGCUCUGCCCGUUUAUAAUGUUGGAUUUCUUGCCAAAAUUCUGGAGAUUUUGAAGUCUAUAUGCAAGUCAUGUUCGCGAAUACUUUUGGAGGAGGAAUCACGCAGAUCUGAGUUGGAGAAGAUAAGACAUCCGAAGAGGGAUGCUUUAAACAAGGCUGAGCUUGCAAAGAAAAUAGUCAAUAAGUGUAAACCAGGGAAGUGCGCCCGUUGUGGAUACAUAAAUGGCACAGUGAAAAAAGCCGUUGGUGCUAUUAGCUACAUUCAUGACCGUUCAAAGACUAGUGACAGGAGCCUGGAAGAGUGUAAAUCUGCAAUUUCCCAUGCAAAAGAGUCCAAGGGAUUCUUGAGUGUAGCUAGUAAUAUCCUUAAUCCCCGGGAUGUUCUUUCUCUCUUUGAAAGGAUGUCAGAUGAGGAUUGUGAAUUGCUCAAUGUUGCGGACAGGCCGGAGAAAUUUAUGAUAACUACCAUAGCUGUGCCACCAAUAGCAAUUCGUCCUUCAGUCAUGAUGGAAGAAUCGCGGAGUAAUGAAAAUGACAUCACGGAGAGGUUAAAAAGAAUUAUUCAGGUCAAUGCUUCACUUCAGCAAGAACUUCAAGAAAUCAAAAAUCUGGCUGCCUGGGAUCAUCUCCAAGCUGAGGUUGGGUUAUAUAUAAACAGUGACGUUCGUGGCGUUCCAUACCCUUUCCAAGCAGCCAAGCCACUGGCUGGUUUCAUUCAGCGUCUUAAAGGAAAGCAGGGGCGUUUUCGUGGAAAUUUAUCUGGUAAGCGAGUGGAGUACACUGGAAGGACAGUCAUAUCACCGGACCCCAAUCUGAAGAUAACCGAGGUUGCGAUCCCCAUCCAAAUGGCUCGGAUCUUGACUUAUCCUGAGCGUGUCAACCAAUACAAUAUUGAGAAACUGAGACAAUGUGUUCGCAAUGGCCCCUACAAGUAUCCCGGUGCAAGGAUGAUUAGAUAUCCUGAUGGUGAAAUGAGGCUCUUGAUGGCAAAUUUCAGAAAGCGCCUUGCUGAUGAGUUAGGAUUUGGUGCCAUAGUCGAGCGCCACUUGGAAGAUGGUGAUGUUGUUCUUUUCAACAGACAACCAAGCUUGCAUCGGAUGUCUAUCAUGUGCCACAGGGCAAGAGUGAUGCCAUGGAAAACAUUGAGAUUCAAUGAAUCUGUUUGCAACCCAUAUAAUGCUGAUUUUGAUGGAGAUGAGAUGAAUUUGCAUGUUCCUCAAACAGAAGAGGCUCGUGCAGAGGCUUUGAUGUUGAUGGGGGUCCAAAACAAUUUAUGCACCCCCAAAAAUGGAGAAAUUUUGGUUGCUUCAACUCAAGAUUUUCUUACAUCCUCCUUUCUCAUAACAAGGAAGGACAUAUUCUAUGACCGGGCAGCCUUUUCACUCAUAUGUUCUUACCUGGGAGACAGCAUGGAUCUCAUUGAUCUGCCAACGCCAGCAAUAAUUAAGCCAAUAGAACUCUGGACAGGAAAGCAGAUAUUUAGCGUUUUACUGCGCCCCAAUGCACGCAUGAGAGUUUUUGUGAAUCUGACUGUAAAGGAGAAGAAUUACAGCAAGCCUAAAAGUGCGUCAGAGAGGGAACUAGAAACAAUGUGUCCUAAUGAUGGUUUUGUGUAUUUUCGUAACAGUGAGCUUAUAUCUGGGCAACUUGGAAAGGCAACUUUAGGUAAUGGGAACAAGGAUGGUCUUUAUUCUGUCCUCCUCAGGGACUACAAUGCACAUGCCGCUGCUGCUUGUAUGAAUCGUCUUGCUAAACUGAGUGCCCGGUGGAUUGGAAAUCAUGGGUUUUCCAUUGGUAUUGAUGAUGUUCAACCAGAUAAUGAUCUGAAUGAGAGGAAGAGAGAGACCAUUUUGAAUGGUUAUAGUAGUUGUGAUGAAAAAAUAGAGCUCUAUAACAAAGGAAAGCUACAACUCCAACCUGGUUGUGAUGCUGCUCAAACAUUGGAGGCUGUGAUUACUGAUAUUCUAAAUCAAAUUCGAAAUGAGACUGGGCAGGUGUGCAUGAAGAAACUCCAUUGGAGAAAUAGUCCCUUGAUCAUGUCACAAUGUGGUUCAAAAGGAUCUCCCAUCAAUAUUAGCCAAAUGAUUGCAUGUGUGGGUCAGCAGUCGGUUGGGGGUCGUCGUGCACCUAAUGGAUUCAUUGAUCGGAGUCUUCCUCAUUUUCCAAGGAAAUCGAAAACACCUGCAGCUAAAGGUUUUGUUGCCAAUUCAUUUUACAGCGGUUUGACAGCUACUGAAUUUUUCUUUCAUACAAUGGGAGGACGGGAAGGCCUGGUUGAUACGGCGGUGAAAACAGCUGAGACUGGGUACAUGUCUCGUAGACUUAUGAAGGCUUUGGAAGACUUGUCUAUUCAUUAUGACAACACAGUAAGAAAUGCAAGUGGAUGCAUUGUUCAAUUUCUUUAUGGUGAUGAUUGCAUGGAUCCUGCACAAAUGGAAGGAAAGAGUGGGUUCCCUUUGAAUUUCAACAGAUUAUUGAUGAAAGUGAAGGCAACAUGCCGUUCAGGAGAACAUAAGUAUUUAUCUGCUGCGGAAAUAACUUCAUUGAUAGAACAAAAGCUACCAGAAAAUGAAAGUACUUCUGAUGGGGGCCUCUCAGAUGCUUCCAAAGCCUUCAAGAAAUCCCUUAAAGCCUUCCUACUUGAAGAACAUGAGAAAGGAUCAAAAAUCAUUUUUGACUUUGGUGAAGAUGCAACAGGGGAAAGCUGUGAGACUGUCAAUCGGGUUGCCCAGAAAAUUGGUGGAAUUACUGAAGAACAGCUAAGGGCCUUUAUAGACACCUGCAUCUCUCGUUAUCAUUUCAAAAGAAUUGAAGCUGGAAGUGCAAUUGGAGCAAUUGGGGCUCACAGUAUUGGAGAACCAGGGACACAGAUGACACUCAAAACGUUCCAUUUUGCUGGUGUUGCCAGCAUGAAUGUAACACUUGGAGUUCCUCGUAUUAAGGAGAUCAUAAAUGGAACCAAGAAAAUACUCACACCCAUCAUCACUGCAGAGCUUGAUCGUGAUGAUAAUGUGAAUAUUGCUAGGAUGGUAAAGGCUAGGAUCGAUAAGACCAUUUUAGGCCAGAUUGCAAAGAGCAUAAAGAUUGUUAUGACUUCAAGAUUAGGGUCAAUAGUCAUCACUCUGGACAUGAAUAGAAUUGAAGAAUCACAGUUAAGUAUAGAUGCUAAUACUGUGAGGGAGUCAAUUAUGCAGACUACGAAAAUUAAACCGAAGCAGCUGCAAAUAAAUGUUUUGGAUGUUACGAAAUUGGAAGUCGUUCCUCUGGUUGAUAGAGGUAAACUUCAUUUUGAGCUCCAUUCCCUCAAGAAUAUGCUUCCAAAUGUCAUAGUGAAGGGAGUCAAGACAGUAGAGCGUGCCGUGGUAAACAAAGGGAAAGAAAAAUAUAAGGACAAUGAAGGGAAGGCGAAAGAGAGGGAGAAGUACAGUCUGGUAGUGGAAGGCACAGGUCUGCAAGAAGUCAUGGGCACCGACGGUAUUGAUGGUCGGAAAAGUAAAAGUAAUCAUGUCAUUGAGGUACAGCAGACGCUUGGAAUUGAAGCUGCUAGAAGGUGCAUUAUAGAGGAGAUACAGUUUAUUAUGUCGAAUCAUGGCAUGAGCAUAGACAUACGCCAUAUGAUGCUUUUGGCAGAUGUUAUGACUUUCCGGGGGGAAGUUCUUGGCAUUACAAGGUUUGGCAUACAGAAAAUGGACAAAAGUGUUUUGAUGUUGGCUUCAUUUGAGAAAACAUCUGAUCACCUCUUCAACGCUUCUGCAAGUGGUAAGGCUGACAAAAUUGAAGGUGUCAGUGAAUGCAUCAUCAUGGGGGUACCAAUGCAAUUGGGCACAGGAAUUCUGAAAGUGAUCCAAAGGGAUGAAAAACCAGAACUGACGUAUGCAUCGGAUCCAAUCAUAUCAAGUUGCUGACCUCAAAUUUGAAACAUCAUCCGGUUCAAGCUUCUGUGUCCAAUUACUUGCGGAUGCUUGAAAGUGAUUGUGUAUACUCGGGUAAGAGCAAAUUAAUGGUUGGAACAUGAAGCGAAGCGAAGCAAACAAAUAAUGACGAGGUUUUUCAUGUUCUUGGUUGAGCUGAGGAUAUCUUGUGUCUUUAACGGGGUUAGGAAUAGGAAGCAGUAUGAUAGAAAAUGUCUCAUGUUAGUUGUUUAAUAUUAUGUAAUCUUGGCUUUCCUAUUUUGUAACAUUUGAACAUAGUAUUAAUACAUGCGUGUGAUCUCAAUGAUA